AUGCCAGCCGAAAACGUCGAACAAGCUGAACAACAAACUGUUGAUGAAACCAUUGAUAAUCCAGAAGUCAUCAAAAAGUACAAGCUUGGUGCUGAAAUUGUUAAUGAGGCCAUCAAACACAUUCAAACCUUGUUGAAGCCUGGAGCUAAAGUCAUUGAAUUGUGUGCUGCUGGUGAUGCUUUUAUGGAAGAUAAGAUUAAACACGCUUUCAAAAAGUCAAAAGGAUUGAAGAAGGGUAUUGCUUUCCCAACUUGCAUCAACGUUAAUGAAAUUGUUUGCCACCUUUCACCACUUGAAAAUACACCAGAAGCUAAUCUCACAUUGAACGAAGGAGAUGUUCUUCGAGUUGAUUUGGGUGUUCAAAUUGACGGAUACAUUUCAUUGGGUGCACAAACCUAUGUUUUGACAAGUAAUGUUGUUACAGGAAGAGAGGCUGAUUCUCUUGCUGCUGUUCACCAAGGAAUGGAAGUUGCUCAACGUAUGAUGAAACCAGGAAAGACAAACAUUGAACUCAUGAAAGCUCUUCAAAAGGUCGCAGAAACCUUUGGUGUGAAAUGGGUCAAUGGAGUUUUGUCACAUGAAAUGAAGAGAGACGUAAUUGAUGGAAAGAAUGUUAUUUUACCACACUUUGAUGUAGACCAAACUGUCGAAGAAUUCAAAUUUGAAGCAAAUCAAGUUUAUUGUUUGGACUUGGUGGCCACAACUGGUGAGGAAGGCAAAUUACGUGAAGGUACUGCAAGAGCUACAAUCUACAAGAGAGAACCAUCAGUACUUGUUGAUUUGAAGGUUCAUGCUUCAAGAAAGAUUUACGAAGAAAUCAAGGAAAAGUUCGGAGCUGUUCCAUUCUCUGUUAAACAUUUAGAUCCAAAGAUGGGAAGAAUGGGUAUCUUGGAGUUGUUGAACUACAGAAUGAUUGAUCCAUAUCCAGUUUUGUGUGCCAAGAAGGGGGAGUUUGUUGCUCAACUUAAAUCCACUGUUCUUAUUACUAAGAAGCAAGUCCAAAAGGUGACUGGUUUGCCACUUCAAGCCUUCCAAUCUGAUAAGAGCAUUCAAGAUGAGAAUCUUCUUGCCAUCCUCAAGUCUGGUUUGAAAGUUGUUGCUCAAAAGGAAGAAAAUAAGAUGGACGAAACUGAUUAA